AUGUUUCUUUCAAGGACAACAGCAGCACGUGGACUCUUACGGCAACGACCACCAUGUGGUGCAUUCACUCGACGACGUGGGAUGGCAUCAGCACCCGCUCCUCCUCAAUUCACGACCAAUCCAUCGGGUGCUGCAUUCAAAAAGCUUGGGUCACAAAUGAAACGAGCAGCUAAAAUCAGUGGCAUUACGGUGGCCUCGUUGACAUUGGCUACGGCUAUUGCUUGGCAGUCCUAUCACUUGUAUAUUGAACACUAUCUACAAGAGACACCGAGUGAAUUGACAUAUACGGCACGUAAUCUGUUGCAUGGAGCUUAUAUCCGAGAGCAUGUAUCACCUGACUAUGAAAUGGCGGCCAUGUAUGUACGCGAAGUGCUUCGUAUCGCAUUGGAGGAACAGCAUCUUGAUGAGCAUUCGGAUGUGGUGAUUCGAUUACGACUUCGAUUAGCCGAGGAUGAAAACCGUGCCGGCAAUGUCCUUGACAGCAUCACUGAAUAUACACGUGCAUGGAUGCUUUUAUCUUCCCAAUCCACCAACCAAGACGACGAUGAUGAGAUCAAAAUGACCACAGCCAAACAGAUUGGCGACUUGUAUUUACGCAUUGGUGAUUACAGUGGCGCCGAAGAGUUCCUUGCAUGGGCAUUUCAUAAAGCACAACAACAACAACAACAAAAAGUGGAUCCAUUCCUGCGUGUAACCAUCACCUGUUCCUUGGCAAGUCUGUACGCCAUGCAGCAUGAAUUCAAACUCGCCAUGCCUUUGCUAUUAUCAGCACUGAAACAAAUCCCUGAAGAAGAAGACUCCUCCUCAAGUCAAUGGACGUGCAUGAAGGGUAUCAUCCAGAACCAAUUGAGUGAAUGCAUGUAUGGUAUGGGCAAAUCGGAAGAAGCAUUGGGUUGGGCACAAGCAUCACUUGAAUCAUGUACAAAGGGUGAAACCAUGGAUAAGGACGAUAAACCCAAUCGUGAUUGUCAAGAAUGUGGUGGUGUUGUCUCCAAUAAUCUUGGCAUGAUGCUCGAGCUCAAGGGAGAAUUCGACGAUGCUGUACGAUAUUACCAACAAGCCGUCAACUUUGCUGCUUCAGCAGCUGAUCUUGCAGGCCAGGAUCAAUACAGCAUGAACGCUGCACGACUCAAGGAACAAAUCCAAAAUCAAAGGAAUGCAGGUGUCACAGUAGCAAGCGAUAUCACAGCAGCCAUUGAACCCGAGCCUACAAAAAAGCCAGCUUCCUUUUCAGCAUGGAUGAGCAAAUUGUGGAAAUAA